CAAAUCAGGAUCGGACAAUGUCCCCGGAAGUUUGAGUGAUUUACGGAAGUUUGUAUUUGACGAAGCUUCAGCAACUAUCUACAUGUAUUUUAUUUUACUAGCGUUUACAACAACGUCUAUGCAGUGCGACUGUUUUUUCAGAAUAUACAAAGGUUAAAAUGUCUCACUUGAAAGAGUACGUCGACAAAGUGACUCGUGUUUAUGAGCGCUACACAGAGUAUGUUCGAGGAAACCCAGCAGCAACAGCCCAGCUGGAGAGUGCAGUGCGGACCUUGUCUUACCUCAUCGCAGGACGAUUUGCAGAUUCCCACGAACUAUCUGAACUUGUGUACUCCGCUUCCAACCUCCUGGUGCUGUUCAAUGACAGCAUUCUGCGCAAAGGGCUGAAGUGUGCCCUGACUGUGUCCAUCUCACACCAGAGAAUCCUCAACUGGCUCUCUGUGUUGGAAUAUAUGGAGGUAUUCCUGGAGAUGGGGUCCCAGAAGGUGUGCGGUGAAGUUGGCAGGUGGCUGGUCAUUGGGCUCCUUCAAAUAUUUAAGGCCAUUAUGCGACUUGUGCUUCUUUUGUGGUAUAAAUCUGGCAUCCAUACUUCACCUCCAAUCAUCCCGCUUGACAGAGGUGCAGAGAUAAGUGUUGAAGAUAGUCAUGUGAAGCAGCAAGAUGACACUUGCUUUGUGGGCCAGAGGUCAGGACGGGUCAUCAGAUCACUGGGCAGUGCUCCAUCUGUGUGUGGAGCAGACAGUCUAAAGAACAGGAGAAGACAGAACAUGAAGGAGGAGAAGCUCCACAGUAAACCAACAUCCCUGCUGCUCCAGGAGACCAUCGCUGAGUCUGUGUACAUCAGUCGCCCCCUUGUACAUUUACUAUGCCUCGGACUGUGUGGGAAACGGUCUUGGAAACCAUGGAUCGUCUCUGCAGCUCUUGAACUUUCCAGCUUUGCGGUGCUCCAUGAGAAGAAGUUUGACAACAGAUGGGAGAGGGAAGAGAUGAGAAGGAGAACCUUUAUUUUGCUCUACUACCUUGUUCGUUCUCCGUUUUAUGACAUAUAUUCAGAGGAUAAGAUUGUUUUCCUGCUGCGACUUCUGGCCAAUCACGUGCCAGGAAUAGGCCUUGUCGCACGGCCUCUCAUGGAUUACUUGCCCAGCUGGCAGAAGAUAUACUUCUACAAUUGGGGAUAAAAGUCACCACUUCCAACCAAAGGAACUCUUGAGAAGUCAGUUUUUAAUCUGUUUGUCCUUUACCUUCGAGCUGAACACUUUUUUAUUGCGACUGGGAACGCGUCACAUCAUUCUUUUCAAGCCCUUAGCAUUUGACAAAGUACGCAGGCGAAGUGGAGAAUGUGCCAGCGGAAAAAAAGAUGACAGAUCUUGUUGUACCUUUUUCUAGACUGGAAAACAUCUCAACAAUUCAUCUUACACAAUAAACCGAUUUCAUGAUGAA